UUAUCAUUAAUCCUCCCACCAACCCGAUAUAGUUUUGUGAUGGCACACAGUGCUUGCUGCUGCUAUUAGUAUUGAUUCGCACAUUUCGUGAAGCCCCGCUCUCUAAUUUAUUGAAUACACAUCCCAUCUCUGGAGCGAGGCAGCCUGUGUCUCUGCUCGGUUGUAGCGCUACCUUCACCCCGGCGCAUUCAGCCAGAGGAAUAUCAUUGAACUCUUAUCAAAAGCCUCUGCCUUCCACCUAGGGCAGUUCUCGCCGACUGGUCCUUGUGUCGGUUGUGUAUAGGACUAUAAGUAUGGAUAACCCGCCACUCUCCGGGCAACACACGGAAGCAUUCCUACCCUUGCUGGAAGCCAAAACAGUAGCAGAACUUAGAACAGCAAUAAGAAAAGCCCUGACAUUCAUUCUUCCUCAAGUGACAAAAGCAAAUGUAUACCUGCGGAGUCCUGAGACUACUCGAGUAGAAACUAACGGUAGAAAAUCACUUCCAGCAAAAGGACUAGCAUGGAAAGCAUACCAGCAGCGACAGCAACUCGUCCAGCCCAUUUCCUCGCCUCAAGACCCUGUGAUCACUGCACUAGCCCUUGAUGAAGACAUUCAGCAGAGCCAGCUCGUGUUAUGUCUACCAAUUCAAGAUAGAGAAGACAAUGAAAAUAUAGGUUUAAUUGUGGCAUCCUUACCGCCAGGUAAAACUUCCUGCUCAGCAACAGAAGAAGGAAACCUCACAUAUCUAGCAAAACAGGUAUCUGUAUGUUAUCAUCUCACCAAAAACUCUGUGACAAGGAGAAAGAGAUUUGUGCAGAUGACACCCACUUUGAAGCCCCUCAUCAAUUUGUGCUGAGAACUAUAUGAC